AUGGCGAACUUUUCAGGCAAGGUCGUCGUCAACGCCAUUAUCCUACUCAGUUUCCUCCUGCUGGUGGAUCUUCUCUUCAUCCUCGCAUCCAUGGCCCUCGCAGCGUCGCAGUGGAGCUCCCUGGCGCUGCCAGACAUGGUCGUGUGGUCGAGCUACUCGGGCAUCGGAAUGGUCGGGGGGAUCAUCCUGUUGAUUGCUGUCUUAGUCUUCAUUGAGAGGCGUAGAUAUUGA